AUGAAAAUCCUCGAGGCGCAAAACGCCCUCCUCUCCAAUUAUGAGGUCUACCAGCACAUCGUCGACCAGAGGAAGCGGAACAAGGAGCAGAACCGGCGCGUUCCCGGGAAUGCGCACCACAUCAUGACCGAGGUGCUUACCUACCUCCGCCAGAAGCCCAGCCCGCUGGAGAGGCAGGAAGAAACGCAGGCGUACAGCCCGGACGCGAUUCCGCGCCUUUUCGAGAAGCUGCGCGAGGCCAACCUGCCGAGCGAGCUGACCAAGGGCGAGCUGCUCUCGAUCCUCAACCUGCGCCCGCCCUCCACCGCGGUGCUGAGCACGGCGAUCGAGGACAUGGAGGAGCGGUUUACCGACGACGAGCAGAACAAGAUUGUCGACAUCAUCGCCGAGGUGCUGGGCCGCGACGAGGCCGAGGAGGGAGCCGAGGGAGGCGAAGGAGGCGAAGGAGACGCGAUGGACGCUGACGCCGCGCUGCCCGUCGAAAACGGCCACUGA